GCGGGAGAGCGCGCACCCGGGCGGCGCCGUCCUGGAGACCCCGGAGAGAUGGAAACGGCGGCGCCGGCGGCCGAGGCGGCGGGGCGCGAGGAGCUAGAUAUGGAUGUAAUGAGGCCCUUAAUAAAUGAGCAGAAUUUUGAUGGGACAUCAGAUGAAGAACAUGAGCAAGAGCUCCUGCCUGUUCAAAAGCAUUACCAGCUUGACGAUCAAGAGGGUAUUUCAUUUGUACAAACUCUUAUGCAUCUUCUUAAAGGAAAUAUUGGAACUGGCCUUUUAGGACUUCCCUUGGCAAUAAAAAAUGCAGGCAUAGUGCUUGGACCAAUCAGCCUUGUGUUUAUAGGAAUUAUUUCUGUUCACUGUAUGCACAUUUUGGUACGUUGCAGUCACUUUCUAUGUCAGAGGUUUAAAAAGUCAACAUUGGGUUAUAGUGACACUGUGAGUUUUGCUAUGGAAGUAAGUCCUUGGAAUUGUCUUCAGAAGCAAGCAGCAUGGGGACGGAGUGUGGUUGACUUUUUUCUGGUGAUAACGCAGCUGGGAUUCUGUAGUGUCUAUAUUGUCUUCUUAGCUGAAAAUGUAAAACAAGUUCAUGAAGGAUUUCUGGAGAGCAAAGCGUUUGUUUUGAAUAGUACCAAUUCAUCACAUGCAUGUGAGAGAAGAAGUAUUGACCUAAGGAUAUAUAUGCUUUGCUUUCUUCCAUUUAUAAUUCUUUUGGUCUUCAUUCGUGAGCUAAAGAAUCUAUUUGUGCUUUCAUUCCUUGCCAACGUUUCCAUGGCUGUCAGUCUUGUGAUAAUUUAUCAAUAUGUUGUUCGGAAUAUGCCAGAUCCCCACAACCUUCCAAUAGUGGCUGGUUGGAAAAAAUACCCGCUCUUUUUUGGUACUGCUGUAUUUGCUUUUGAAGGCAUAGGAGUGGUCCUUCCACUGGAAAAUCAAAUGAAAGAAUCAAAGCGCUUCCCCCAGGCAUUGAAUAUUGGCAUGGGGAUUGUUACAGCUUUGUAUGUGACGUUAGCCACCUUAGGAUAUAUGUGUUUCCACGAUGAAAUCAAAGGCAGCAUAACUUUAAAUCUUCCCCAAGAUGUAUGGUUAUAUCAAUCAGUGAAAAUUCUGUAUUCCUUUGGCAUCUUUGUGACAUAUUCAAUUCAGUUCUAUGUUCCAGCAGAGAUCAUUAUCCCUGUGAUCACAUCCAAAUUUCAUGCUAAAUGGAAGCAAAUCUGUGAAUUUGCAAUAAGGUCCUUCUUGGUUAGUAUUACUUGUGCUGGAGCAGUUCUGAUUCCUCGUUUAGACAUUGUGAUUUCCUUCGUUGGAGCUGUGAGCAGCAGCACGUUGGCCCUGAUCCUACCACCUUUGGUUGAAAUUCUUACAUUUUCUAAGGAACACUACAAUAUAUGGAUGAUCCUGAAAAAUAUUUCCAUAGCAUUCACUGGAGUUGUUGGUUUCUUGUUAGGUACAUAUGUAACUGUUGAAGAAAUUAUUUAUCCUACGCCCAGAGUUAUAGCUGGUACUCCGCAGAGUCCUUCUCUCAAUUUGAAUUCAACAUGCGUUACAUCUGGUUUUAAAUAGUACAAGCAGAAUUAUGAGUCUUCUGCCUUUGUCUCAAUUCUGAAAAUGCUUAAAAUAAGAACUAGUAGAAUACAUUGCCAUAUACUUAAAAAUAGAACCAAACUCUGUUUUCUUUUGGCACAGUAUUGAUAUUUUGUCAGUAAAUUAUAAUUCUUUACCAGUAGUGGUAAACUAUGACAGAUUCUUGGUUUUAAGUAUUAGCAAUAAUUUCAAAAAAUUUAGUUUUGAAAAUUAAAAAAAUUAAAAUGUUAAAAAAAUUAAAGAAGAAAAAGACUUCUAUUAUUCUUCUUCAAUCAGAAACACUUUAACCAAGAUUCUCUCUUUUACCCUCAUGCUGUGCUUUUGCCACCCAGUUGAGGAGAGAACAGGAUUUCGAGAAGAAGAGAAUUAGAGAAGGACACAGGUGACAAAAAUCUCCCGACCAUCCCAGUGAAUGUCGAAGUACACUUUUUGUACAAUGUAAAAAAUCUCGAUUAUGUUUUUGUUAGAGAGCCAAAUACUUAUGAUUAGCCCCUGGGAGUAUAGAAAACUCCAUUAGCCAUAAUGUAAGCAUCAGAAAAUCCCAAAAACCAGAAUUAUUUUUGAACUAUUCUAUAAUGGUGGUUGAUUUUCAUAAUGAAAACCAACAGGCACUGUGCCAAAUUCUUAGUGUUUCAACCAAAUUCGAAAGAGACUUUUUAAAGAUUAUCCAAUAUAGUUCCCUUAUUUUUUACCUGAGGAAAUGGAUGCCCAGAGAGGUUAAGUAACUUGGUCAAGACCGCUCAGCCUUGAGAUCAAGAGAAGAUGAUCUUUUGAUUCCAAGUUCAGGAUUUUUUAUUUUUCACAUCACAUCUAAGAAAAAGAAUAAAUUAUGUUCAGUUUAACUUUAGUGUUAGUCUAUUUAAUUGUAUUUUACUACUUUGAAAGCAGUGAUGUUUGAAUAGUGUAUGUGACCUGAGCAGAAAAUCAGGGACUCUAAAAAGCCUGUACUACAGUCAUUUAAACCUCAACAAGGGAAAGGAGCAAUGUGUUUUUUAAACAGAAUAGGAACCACUUGCUGGUUUAACCGCUGGCUGGUUGAAGGGGCCCAGCUGUCCUGUGUGUGGCUUGAGCUCUCCUUCCUCUUUCCUCCCUUUCCAGGUGUUGUAGGCACUGUCUUUCUUAAUGGCAGAAAACAGAUAUCUGACAAAGUACAGGAUAUGUGCACUCUUUCCAGCCUGUGGCUUCCUUAUAUAGCCUCUUAGUGAUCUGAAUGGGUAGAAUAAAAGAACCAUAAAGAGAUUCAUGCUUAGGAAAAAUCGAGACAAUAAUAAACUGUUUGCUAAAUAUUGAGACACUCCAGCCUUCUUCCAGAGAAAUACCUUCUGUUACUCCAUAUUCUUGAAGCCCAGUUAUUCACCGAAACAAGGAAUCUCACCUGGUGUGGAAGAUUUAAAACAUUAAGAAUCCUGAUUUUUUUUUUUAAUUCAUAACUUUAAAACAUGUUGACCUUUUUAAUCAGACUGGUGGUACUCUAAUCUGUAAUACUGCAAGAUAUCAUCAGGAUCGCUGUAAUGUAUAUAUUCUAUAUUUUUAUAUGUAAAUGUUAACUUACUUCAAGUAUUUUAUGCUGAAAUCAUUAACAAGUCAUCAAGUACAAUCCUAAAGAUAUAUAAGAAGCUUUAUUUUGGUACAAAAUCAUAAGAAUCAAAACUUUUUUUAAACGAUUGCAUUAGAUAUCACCAAUAAUUUAGUACUUUUAUGUCAAAUCUGUUAUGUUGAGCCUUUAGUCAUAUUGAGAGGAUGCAGAAGUUAUAGGAAAAGUAAUCGUCAUUGAAACUAAUGUUAUGAAUCUAUGAAUAAAUUAGAUAUUUUUUAAAAAAAUGUAUAACAGUAUAAAAUGACUUGAAAACCAUUAUUUAAUAGAAAGCACUAUUAGGUUUUUGUCAACUGCCUGCAGAUAACAUUUCUAGUCUAGAUGUGAAAUUUUAUUUUUGUACUUUUUACCUGUUGUUUAUUUUCCUUAUGGAAUUCAUCAAAUUCAAUGAAAUUUUGAAUAGUUGAUCAUAGCAAAAAGUACAUUUUAAAUUCAGCAUGAACCAAUGCUGAGCACAUUGUCAAUCAGGCUUCCUUAUGCAGUGAGCGCUGAAUCGACCUCCAGUACUUACUUCACUGCAUUAUCAGUGCUUUAAAUGCAGGAAAAAAGUUGAAAUGCAGAAAGGAAGAGGGGCUAAAAAGGGAGAGGGUAGUUUUAAUUCUGAACAAGAAACACUAUUUAGAUGUAAAGUACAAAUGCACUCUUAUUUAAGGAUUUUUUAUAAUGUAUUUUAUUUGCAAAAAAAAUCAGUGGAAAUAUUUUUCCUCUGAAAGUUUCGUUUUAAUGAGUCAUAACAUUUUCUAAAGAUUUUUGGAGAAGAUAUUUUGAUUAGACCAACUGUUGCAUUUAUUUUGGGGCCUGGAAAAAUGAGAGUGAUUGCACCUGUCAAAUUUUGUAUCCGAUAUCUUUGGUCCAUUACGUUAUGGCUAAAAUGACUUUAGCAUUCCGCCACAGUGUAGUACCCUCUUCUCUGAAAACUAAUCAAGUGCCUGAGAGCCUUUUCUACUACUGGGGCAAGGAGAGAAAGGAAAGCGUUAUUUACCUCUGAUGACCUCUGAUCUAAGUCAGUGAUCACUAUUCCCUUACAUCCGAAAGGAUUUCAUUAGUUUCAGAGUCGACUUGUCAAAACACUGGGUCUCAGACAGUUUUUUGUCAAACGAUCUUCUUUUCCUCACAUGGCCAGAUUUCUCCACAAUUAAAUAAGAACUACUUUUUUCUUGGUUGAAGACCAAUUUGUGUGGUGUUACCAAAUGAAAAAACUACUGUAUUAGCAAAUGCCACAUUAUGUUUUAAUUCUGUCCUCACUGGAUUCUCCUUUAUUAAAACCAUUUCUGCCUCUUGCUUAGGCAAUGCAUUUAACAUUUUUAUAAGAGUUUUGUGCAGUGUGUGUGUUGUAAAUGUCCUAACAGGGCCUAAUUUCAUUCAGUAUUUUCAUAAUAGUUAUAGAAAAGCUCUCUAACUGCAAAGUACUGUGAAAAUAUUAAUUAAAGUUCUACAUUAGUGCCAUUUUUAGCUGUGGCAAAGCGCAGGUCUUACUGUAGCUUCCCUGUGGCGUCUCUUCACCGUAGAUGUUAAUACAGCGUCUGCAUAGUGCAUUUGUUAACUAGGAGUGUAUAUACCACAUUAGGUCUUGAUCUCAGUUCUCCUUUCUUCAUUUGAAAGGGAAAAGAUGCAGAAUAGAGCUAAUGGAAAUAAUAAAUAAAAUUAUUUAAGACCAGUGGCUCAGUGAAUAUUUUCUGUUGAGGAAUAAAAUAGUUUGGUAAAAAUAUUGACCAUUGAUGAUGUAAAAUGAGUUUUAAAAAAAUUAGUCUAUUUUAACUUUUUGGCUCAACUAGCUUCCCCUUCAUAAGAAAAUUUUCAUAAGAAAAUUGAGAAACUUUGAUCUAAAUAAAAGGUGUAAGAAGAUGCUUCCUGACAUGAAAUGGCUGACUAUAAUAGUUAGUGCUUUGGCAGUGUUACGGUUAAUCUUGUUUAUGCCGCUAGUGCUCACUAGGUUGACCACUUUUCUGAAAGUGGUUGGUUUUGACCUAGGAGAUUAAAAAACACACUUUAGAAAUGCUAUUUAUUGCCCUAUGACAAAUGACAAAUUACUCUCAUCCUUAAUAUUUCAUAUUAAAAUUAGCUAGUUCUUAUGUACACACACACACCCCAGUAAUCUACAUGAAUUAGAUGCUGAUACUAAUUUACGGUUUAAAUUGUGUCCAGAAAGAUGAUGUGUUGAAAGAUCACUCUGAAAAUUAUUCCAUUAGAAUUUUCUAGAUAACAAAUAGGAAAAUACGUGUUUAUACCAUGAAUAAAUUAAACUGUCCAUUUUUAUGUUUUUCAAGUGAUUUUGUUAGUUUGAAUGAAAACUGAGUAUCAUUGCACUUGUCAGUUCUUUUUCUUGUAACUUAUUUUUCUUUAUCGUAUGAAAACAUCUGUUUUAAAGUACUGUAACUUCUGAAUUUUCAAUAAAAUAUAAUUAUUU